CGCGCCCUGGUUAAUGUCAACGCGAAUGAGAGAUACUUCUUUGCCAUCAGCACUGUUGAAUGAGGGAUCAUCAACUCGGGUUUCACAUCACUCUUGGCCAGACGAAAUGGCAAGCAUGAAGCCAACCGAGUCAGUCGAAGCGGCGGAGCAUCAGAACGAUGCCCAGACCUCUGGACGCCGUCGAGAGAGCUUUACCUCCCAGAACUCCCAUACAGCCAGAGAGUUCAUUGAUAGCCAGCUGCAACUCGAGGCAGACGCACGAGAAGUCCUUCCAUAUUCAUUCGAUUCAUGUACCCAGCCUUUAGGACCCCUGCGACAGAGCCUUUUUGCUUGUAUCACCUGCAACCCGCCUCCCUCGAGCCCGGAUUUGCCUUACACCUCCGCCGCCGUGUGCUACUCGUGUUCGAUCUCCUGCCACGGCGAGCAUACACUGGUUGAGCUUUUCAGCAAAAGAGACUUUGUCUGCGACUGUGGAACCACCCGUAUGCCUCCAUCUGCGCCCUGCAACCUACGAAAUGACCCCAAGACUGGCGCGCGAGGUGUCCACUCUGAGGAACCUGCCCCCGGCAACAAGUACAAUCACAACUUCCAGAACAGGUUCUGUGGUUGUGGGGAGGAAUAUGAUGCUCAAAAUGAGAAGGGUACGAUGUUCCAGUGUCUCGGCCUUGGAACUGCUGGAGCAGGGGGCUGCGGAGAAGACUGGUGGCAUCCCGAGUGCCUUAUCGGUCUACGUCGUGAUUGGAAUAAAGAGACAGAAGACAAGAAAUCAUCUGAACAGAAUGAAGCAGAUCAGACACCUGAGAAGAAAGAGGAGAAUGUCGAGGAAGACGAAGAAACCCCACUCCCACCAGGAUUUCCCGGUGAAGAUGAUUUCGACACCUUCAUCUGCUACAAGUGUAUGGACUCAAACCCGUGGUUAAAACGCUACGCGGGUACCCCGGGCUUCUUACCGCCAGUUUAUAAGGAUGGAGGGCUGGUGACAGAGUCCAAGGUAGCCGAUGCAGUACCAGCAGCCGCAUCACAAGAGCCACUCUCCAACUCCAAGAAGCGCAGGAACGACGAGGACGGCGAAGACGAGCAGCCAGCGGCAAAGCGUAACAAGGAAGAACCUGCCGAAAGCCCUGUGCAAAUCAAAGAAGAACAAAAGGAGACUACAAAAGCGACUACUAAUCCUACUGAGCCGCAAAAGAAGCACGACUCGCUUCCUGCGACGGCGCCCAUGGGGUCGUUCUCCCUGUUUCUGAAGGAAGACUUCCGCGACCACUUAUGCCGCUGUGCGCAGUGCUUUCCUCAUCUCGCAAACCACCGUCAGUUGCGCGAGGAAGAAGAGACGUAUGAGCCCCCGCUAUCAGACGACGAAGAGGAAGCCAACGGCGGCGGCAGUACGGGGACAGGCAGUCUCCUGGAUCGCGGGGAGGCGGCGUUGAGCAACGUCGACCGCGUGCGCGCCAUCGAGGGGGCAAUGGUGUACAAUCACCUUCGCGACAAGGUCAAGGAGUUCCUGAAGCCCUUUGCGGAGAGCGGCCAGGCCGUCAGCGCGGAGGACAUCAAGUCCUAUUUUGAGAAACUUCGCGGUGAUGAGCAGGGAAUCAAGGAUGCGGGGGAUGCGUCUGCGUUGGCGAACCGGAACGGAGGCGAUGAUUCCCAUGGCGGUAGUGAUGACCGGAAGGAACAGAGUGGCUAUUAAACACCAUCUGUCUAAUGGUAAAUGUCGGAUUUCCAAAUAUUGUACAUGGCAGGGUCAGGGAUGGCGGUACGGAUUGGUAUGAUGGGGGGGUUUUUUUUUAACUUUUAUGUAAUUUCUAUCAUCUGAACAAGUAAUCUGAGAUGACUAUGCCUCGAG